UUGAUUUCUAAAAAAAAAUGGUUGCAUUUGCAUUGUCCCAAAAUUCUGUAUUUCCUAAUCUCCACUCUGCCGGCGACUGAAUACCGACUGAGCCUCCGGCGAUUCCGACCUCGAAUCAGAGCAGCGUCAAGCUACUUGUUCAAUUCCAAAUUGAUUUGAAGAUUUCCUCAAAUCCAGAAGCUAGUUGGUUGAUGGAAUCGUGAGAGAAGCAGAGGAAGAAACUGAGUUUGAGCAGUUGGAGUACUGGAGUUGUUCCUCAUCACUUGUUUUGUUCCCAAAAUAAGAAUGAGGAUAGUCGGACUGACCGGAGGGAUUGCUUCAGGGAAGAGCACUGUCUCCAACCUUUUCAAGGCUCAUGGUAUUCCCAUUGUUGAUGCUGACAUUGUAGCUCGGAACGUUUUGAAGAAAGGAACAGGUGGUUGGAAAAAGGUUGUUGCCGCAUUUGGUGAGGAUAUCUUACUGGAAAAUGGAGAAGUUGAUCGUGCAAAGCUAGGUCAAAUAGUAUUCUCUGAUCCGGGAAGACGUCAGCUUCUUAAUAGGUUGCUAGCACCAUUUAUCUCACGUGGUAUUUUAAUGGAAGUUUUGAAGCUGUGGAUAAAGGGUUGCUCCAUAAUUGUUCUUGAUGUUCCUCUUUUGUUUGAGGCCAAGAUGGAUAAGUGGACUAAACCCAUUGUUGUAGUUUGGGUUGAUCCUAAGACACAGCUGCAGCGGCUCAUGAUUAGAGAUGGAUCAAUGGAGGAGGAUGCCAAAAGCAGAAUAAAUGCACAGAUGUCCCUGGAUCUUAAGAGGUCACAGGCAGAUAUUGUGAUUGAUAACACCGGUUCACUGGAGGCUUUGCAUGAACAGUUCCAGAAAGUGUUGACUCAGAUUACAAGGCCCUUGACCUGGACCGAGUUUAUGCUCUCAAGAAAGGGAGCUUUUCUGACAUUGUUCUCCAUUUUUGUCGGUGUUGCUAUUUGCAAGAGAAGUUCAUGAAGGUAAUAACUCACCUAAUUUGAUUUAACACAAUGUAUGCAUUUCUGUAUGGCAGAAGAGUUACUCCUUAAUCGAGCUCUACUGUGUAUGUACUAAUUAUUAUUAUUAUUAUUUUAAAUAAAUUGUGUGUGUACUUGCAACAUGAGCUUUUAUGCUUUAUUAGAUACUUGUUUGAGACGUUAAAGUUGAAGUAUGAUAAUUUGAUUGUACAUUUGGACUGAUUCAAUGAAAGGAGGGAUUCUGCUGCAUUUUGGAAUUCCUUUGGAGCAUCUGGAACUAACUUGAUCUAAGAUUUCUUUUUUUCUGUUGAGAAUGAGUUCUCCUUCCACCACCACCCCUGAUAAAAUGAUUUUCCUAAUAGGAUAUUGUCAUGUGCUGUACAAAAUAAAUAAGGCCCCCAGUUGAUGAUUGGUGUACAAUGGCAUCACAAUGUGCUAUUCCAGUGUUGUCUUGCUUCCUGUUUCCUAGUGACUCUUUAAUUUUUGUUAGAGGCAUGUAAUGUUUCCAAGGUUUUGCUUUAUAAAAUAUAUCUCCUAGGGGUUUCUGGGAUAUUAAUGUUAUUAUGGUUAAUUUGUUAAUUUAGAGAAGCUUGAAGUGUUUUUCUUUAAGAAUAUCUUGGAGAACUGAAGAUACUCCUAAUGGCUAAUUUUCUGGAAUGCUCUAAAGCUAAUUUUAGAAAUAUCUACUACAGUUUGGAGUCCAAUUGGGGUUUUUGGCUCAUAUUAAAUUAUUAAUGGCUGACUUUUAUUGAAGCAAAAAGGUUGGAAAGAAAAGUGUGCUGUGUGGUUAAAGAAAUCGUGCUUAAAUUAUUGCUGGUUGCUAAACCUGUUGUUUAUACUAUUUAUUGUUUCAAAAUACCUGAUUCUUUUUAUAAGGAGAUCUGUAGUUUGCAAAAUUUUUGUAGGAAGAAAAUAAGGUGUAGUGUCCAUAGUUUUAAAUCUAGGUAUUUGUACUAGUGAUCUAGUAUAAUGGAUUUUGGUCUUAAAUCUGAUUGUUCUUGUGGUAGUAGUAGAGACAGAGUUUGCCCUGCUAAAGAUAAGAACUGGAACUUAGCAGAACUCCUUGUGUUAUCUAACCUUUUAAGUUAACGACACUAUCUUGGGAAGCUAAGAAUUAAUGUUUCUGUGCUAAUGGUAGGUUGAUUGAUCAUGCAGCGAAAACCCAGUCAGAAUGGAAUGAGGUUUAUAUUGUCAAUUCUGUACUAUUCCUAUCAUUGUCAUUGGUCCUGUAUAAAAUUUUCCCUUUGAUGGCAUCACUACCUGUACUUAUUCUGGCUUUAAUGAUACCUAUUCUAGAUUAUAUUUUUCCACAAUGGCUUGCUCGUUUCAUGGCUGAACUAUUGGUUGGAUUAGCUCACUUUUCUGUAGGUUAUAUAUUCACUUAUGCGGCUUUCUUGAUUGCCUCUACGUCAGGCAAAUAUGGUCAAUCUUUUAAUGUGUGUAUCCACGACAAGUUGUGACAGGUCAUCUCUUACUGCUAAAGCUGUUGCCAUUUGUGAUGGAUGCUGUAUUAAGGGCUGAGCGUGAUGUUUAACGAGUUUAUCAAUAUGCUGACUCUCAAGCUGGACAUGUAAUGAUUGGUUUCAGCAAUUCCGGACGGUAUUACAGUCCUUGUUCAGUCGAUAAGCUUACUUUUUUUCUUUACUGGAAAGGAUAGAACCAAGUUAGUCUUUAGCUGAACUUCCUACAC